AUUUUCGCAAACCUUGCCUCGUUCUGCACUGUUUUUAACAUUGUGACUAACAAAUUUGACUGUACAAUAAUUUACCGCCUCUGUUGUGAAAAAGUGGGAAUAUAUAUUGUGGAAUUUCAAAAAAGUGUAUUUGAUUAGUAUAUUAGUCUUCAUUAUACAAGGAUACUGAAUUAGAAAUUUUGUUUGAAAAAAUGUCAACAUAACUAGGACAGAUAAACUUUAGAUCUGAGAAAUAUAUUCGUGGCUGUUUGGACAGAUUGACCACAGGCGUGCCUUCUCUGAUUUUUUGGAGGACGACAACGAUGCUGAAGCAUGUCUAAUUUAUUUCCACUCAUCGUCUGCUCAUUUGUUUUAUUUCUUGCAAAUAACGUAAUUUGUCAAACAAUACUCGGUCUAGGAUGUCCUCUGGGAUGGGAACCCCACGGUGACAGUUGUUACGAGUUUGUUUUUGAAGAAGCUAAAGUUUACGAUGAUGCAGCCACCGCAUGUUGGGGCCAAGGUAGUUCAUUGGUCAGUGUGAACGAUAUAGGUGAACAUAACUUUAUAGCACAGUAUUUGGAGCGUCACGGAAAACUCAGCGUUACAGAGUGGUAUACGAGCGGACAGCGUAUAGGAGAUUACGUGAAAUGGAAUGGGGACGGGACUUAUUCCAAUGACACUGUGACCAGUGGUUCAUACUGGAUUAUAGAACCCAUACAAAUACACAAACGAAAUGACAAAGUCAUCUAUAAGUUUUCCGCUGCUACUAGACAGUAUGGAUGGAGUCAGUCCUCGGGCUCAGACCAGCUCAAUUACAUCUGUGAAAUUCCAAAAAGUGAGGUACCGAGGCUUAUACAACAAACCAGAGACUUCGCUUUUGGAGAAGGAGAUGUCAGUGCCGACCAUGUCCCAAAGGGUCCUUCUUUCCUUAACGACAUAGAAAACGUGGUUGUCGUUGGUAACCUCAUGCCGUUAGUUGUAGACUGUGUCGCCACUGGUUAUCCACAACCAGAACUGCACUGGUUCGUUAAAAACGCACAGUCUUCUGAAUACAAAAUGAUAACAUCUCAAACAAACAACCGGUACACGUUUGCCAAUGGUCGCAUGACAAUAAGUACACCAAAUGAACGAGAGGACGCGGGUGUGUACGAGUGUAGAGCACAGAACAAUCAGGGAACCAUUGUGUCAGCACCUGUCAUGAUAUCUUUUGGCUAUUUAAACCAAUUUAGUCCAAACAGACAAGGCUUUGUCCAGGGAAAGCUUAGCCAAGGAACUUUUAUCAGUUGCAAGGCUCCUAAUUCUAAACCAGCACUGUCAUACACUUGGUAUAAAGACAAUAUUCGGAGCUUUAUUCGUCCUGAAUUGAACAAAUAUUACUUUAUAUCUGCCAAUGGAAAUCUCUACCUCUCAGAAGUACAGGAACCAGAUGCCGGUGAAUAUUUCUGUGUUGUGACGCUGGUUCCACGCGUAGGAGAAAGAUUGUCGACCUCGCAGCCGCCGAGUCGAACAAGUAGACCUAUAGAAUUGCGGGUAGCCAGCAAUAAUCCUUUGGAUUACGGACCUAUCAUUCAUCCGGAUUUUAUCGCAGUUUAUCCCAAGCCUCCAUUGGUCGGUCAUGAAGUCCGGCUUGAGUGUUUUGCAUACGGAAGAUUGCCUCUGCAGUACAGUUGGUCACGUGAGGGAAAAAACUUCCCGCCGGGCACGAGAUUCAUGUAUGAUGACCGUGUUAUGAUUAUACCGAACGCACAGUUUGCAGAUAGUGGCAACUACACGUGUAAAGUGGUAAAACUAUCUGGAAAUCCAAAUAUUGUCUCAAAGUCGGUUAUUCUAGAUUUAGAGGCUAAGCCAUAUUUUGUGUUCCCUUUGCGUAAUAUCCAUGCAGACGUUCAAAGUGAGUUAACGUGGCGUUGCGAAGCACGAGCUGUUCCACGUGCAACAUACACAUGGUUCAAAAAUGGGAAUAUGCUUACCGGAGUCUCAGGAGAAAUAGAAGUAAGGGAAAAUGUCCUCGUCAUUAAGCAUCUGGACAAAUCACGUGAUGAGGGCAUGUAUCAAUGUCAGGCUAACAAUCCACAUGGUACAUCUAGGUCGUCUGCUCAACUCAGAGUACUAUCGAUCAAACCAAGCUUUGCUCGAUUUCCGCUUCCAUCAUCGGCUGUUGCAUCCGAAGGCGGAAAUCUAACUCUCCGCUGCCAACCGGAAGCUGCGCCUCAACCGAAUAUUGAAUGGUUACAUAACGGACAAUCCAUUGGCUACGGAGAUAUGAGACGCGAAAUUUUAAUUGAUGGGACUCUUCAUGUGACACAAGUUUCAAAAGCCGACCAAGGUCUAUAUACAUGUAAAGCAUCAAAUGUAAAUGGAGAGGACACGUCAAGUACACAAGUCUCAGUUAUGGCUGGUAUUUUCAUCCAAACGGCGCCACUUGACCAAACAGUUCACGUGAAUAAAACCACGUUUCUGUUUUGUGACGCCAGUUACGACAACAGGCGUUAUGACCUCACCUACACUUGGACGUUUAACGGCAGACCGAUCAAUACAGAAAACGACCCUUUCUAUAGAGAUGGCCGGCGUGAAAACAUCAAUGGGCUGUAUAUUGUGAACGCUCAGUACAGACAUUCCGGGGUGUACGAGUGUAUAGCAGAAUCUGUAACUUUGGCUAUCUCCAGAACAGCUGUAGUCACUGUCAAAGGACCGCCCACUGAACCUGCAGGGGUGUACAUUGAAAGUGGCACCGGGAAUAAUGGAACCGUGCGACUCAUUUGGACCUGGAACCCAAGUGCUGACCAUGGAUACCCUGUUAUUUUCUUUGAGAUCGAAGCGAUGACCGAAUUUUCAAAAGAAUGGGAGCCAUUGGCUUCAGAUGUACAAGCGUAUUUGACUCUCGUACAGCCGUCAGAAAUGAAGCGUUUCUUUGAGUUGAAAAAUCUUCUACCUUAUAAUUCGUACAAGUUCCGGGUUCGAGCAGUCAAUGAAGAAGGUGUAGGUCCUCCAAGCAGGCAAUCAAAUAUAUACCAUGUACCAGCAGCCCCACCACGGACAGUACCUGUCAUUACAAGUAAGGGAGGAGGCGCGGUCGGUCUUCUCCGGAUUGAAUGGACGCCACUUCCCCGUUCAGAAGAAGGCGGGGCCAAAUUUGGUUAUAAAGUGUACUGGCAACUAGCAACAGAAACGCAAAAGGCUUUCCAUGAGGUAGAAGUGGGUAAUGUAACGCAGCAUUACGAGACAGUUGGCACGGACAAUUUCUACUUACUCUACAAAGUUAGAAUACAGGCAUAUAACAAGGAGGGUUAUGGGCCAAUGUCGGACUAUUAUAACAUAUACUCAGCAGAAGGAAUACCGACUAUACGACCAAACAAUGUACGUUAUACUCCUAUAAACGGAACUGCACUCUUAAUCAACUGGGAUCCUGUACCAAAUACAAGAGAGGCAAUCAAGGGUAGAGUUCGUGGAUACAGAAUUGAUUACAUUGACAAAAAUGAUCCAAUUGGUGGACAGCGAGGGUCAACGUUCGCGUACGGCCAGAGAAACAAUGGUACUAUAAUUGGGUUGGAUCCUAACGGAGAUUAUUGGGUGAGGGUAACGGUGUUUAAUUCUGCUGGAAUCAGCACGAUUAGUGAAAAGUAUUUAUGCAGUACAUACGAAGCACCUCCUGGUCGAUUUCCACAAUUUGUGGAAAUUCUACCACAUGGCCAACACAGUGCACGUGUAAAAUGGCGUGGUGUGAACAUUAUACAAGGGGAGGCCACUCUUGAUGGCUACAAGCUGAUGUAUUGGCCCGUUGGUGACGAUAUAAGGACGGCAAAUUUUACGUUAGCUGACGUAGGUAAUGAAGCGGUGAUUUACGGUCUACAGAUAGAUGUCAUAUACAAGUUACGAGUAAUGGCAACUAAUAGAGGGGGAGAUGGAAAGAAAAGCCCAACUUUAUAUUUUUCUGUUCUCCAAGGUGGUGCAAUCAACAUUAAUCGAGCAUAUUUUGACCCUUCAACUUCUCAGAUUUUAAUUGCUGCAGGAAACAAUAUUUUCAUCAGUUAUAUAACAAUUUGUCUCACUUUUGUCUCAUAUUUAGUUUUAAAAUAAGUCGUCUGCCGAUUACCUCCCUUGGCAAAUAUCAUUCAUCAAUAUUUCAACAAAAAUAUGCAAAUACCUAAUGUCGAUGCUUUUAUGUAUAGCUUAACCAUAUCACUACAGAACCCCGGAUCGCGUGCAAAAGCUCUUUAGUGUCCAACUUUAUUUGUCAUCCAAUGAAAACGCUGUAUUUCUUAAAAAUUCUAUGCGUUUAUUUUCAUAGAAGAACAAAAGUCGAUGUCAAGUUUGGCGUUAGAUGUACAUAAUAAUAAUUGGUUUCUUCAUUGUCUAUAGAGAUAUAAUUUGCAUUCGUUUAUCUAACUUUCUUUUUACAUCGAAUUUCCAUUUCUCAUACAUGUAUAAUUCAUUUUAAAAAACAACCAUUAUGUUAUUUUUUUAGUUUGUGUACAUGUACUUUUAUUAUUUGUCUAUUUUAUAUGCUUUUCAAUUGUUAACUCUGAAUUGCAAAAGACACAGACAAUAUUUUUAUAGUAAAUGUGCUAUCAAAAUCACCCAUAAAUCCAUUGUAUAUACACAUAUACAGUUUCAUAUGUAUAUAUUGCAUUUACAAAUGUAUAAUAAAUUUUAUAAAUUUUCA